AUUUCAUUAUUUGUUUUUGACAUGCUAUCCAAUGUGAUAACGUAGAUUAACCCCCCACCCCUCUAAUGAAUAAAUAAAUAAAUAAAUAAAUAAAUAAAUAAUGUGAAGGCUCUAAAUAAAUCCAUAAAUUUACGCUGCUAUAUCCACAUGAAUCCAGUGAUAUCACAGUAACGACACCGAAACCGCCCUGUAAACCACGCGCAACAACCCACAAUGCUCCAAACCUCGGGUAUACAGGUGAAUCCCUCGUAAAACCCCGCCUGAAGGUAAGGCUUAGAAAUAAAAACAGUUUAUCCAACAAAAAAAAAGAAAAAAAAAGAAAAACUAGCCAAGAAACGUGCGCAUUUAAAAUCAUGACGGUAAGCUCGUCAUGCGUAAGGCGAAAUUUCAACACAUUAGUUGGAACUUCCCGUUUUGAUUGAUUCAUUUAAAGUAUAAAUAGUAAACAAAUCUCCCAUUCCAAUCAUUUAGAAUAGUUUCACGUUCCCUAUCCUUACACAGGCGGUUAGGCUCAGACAGAAUGCACACCAUCUACAUCCUAUCGCUGCUCUGCGUGCUGGCUCUCCUGGCUCGUUCUGCGCCGCUUCAAAAGUGCUCUGGUAAGAUUGGCCUUCCCAUGGAGAACUCCGAAUUCCAGAAAACCGUCAAGAACUGCAGUAGUCUGGUCUACAAGGUCCAGUGCGACAUCCCCGAAGUGAAGAAGUCAUGGGCCUUGAGCCUCGACUCUUCUGCUCCAAACCUGGAGUACAUAGUGUCUACCCUGGGAAUCCCUCCCUCCCCCACUCUAAUGGCUCUGUCUGCUGAUUUUGACAUGGAACUGUGUCUGAACCGCAUGUACGAGGGGCUGCAGCUCUACCAGGACUUGCUCAGUGCAAUCCGUGAUCGCAUUUCCAACCCGGAGAAGGUGACAGACCUGCUAAUUGACAUCAGAGACCUCCUGACUCAUGUACUCAAGAUGCAGGAGCUGGCCCAGCUGAAGCAGGGGGUGCAGUACGGAGGCUCGGGGCUGUCCUCCCGUCUCACCAAGGAGUACGAGGUGCAGGUGGCCGCGGACGUGGUCCUGUCCCAGCUCCUGUCCUUCUCUCAGGACGUCUACCGCAGCCUGCGCAACAUUGGUCUGGCCAAAUCGGCAGCGAGGUGCUGAGCUCGCCCACCUGUGUCCGUUGUCCUGGGAGUUCCAGCUGAACGACCAUCUCAUCGCUUCAGUGGGUUUUUUUUUUCGGUUUAAAAUUUUUUAAUUUUUUUUUACAUCAUUCCCAUUUUCAGUGCCAUUUGAAAGGCUGGAGUAUAUCUGUUGGGCCCGUCCUCUGUCAGUUUGGGACAGCUGAGUCGAUGGUUAAUGACCAUGGAGGACAAUCUGCAGACUGUCAGGGUUUAUACCACUGCGUCUUCACCAGUUACGUCACUCCAGGUCAGGGGUGUCCAAUCGCUACCAAAAAGCGCUGGUGUGGGUGCAGGUUUUUAUUUUAGCCCAGCACUACGACACCUCAUUCUACUAAUCAAGGUCUCGAUUGAAAACCGUGAUUAGUUCAAUGGUUGAAUCAGGUGGCCUCAUACAAGGACCUGCACAUACAUCGGUCCUUUUCGGUUAAGAUUGGACAGAAUUUCCCCGGCAGCAUUUCCACCGUGACAAAACUCUCUUCGGGACUUCGGGAGGCCGUUCCAGGCCAUCGGGCAGCUAGCGAGCUAGCGUCCUCAACAGCGCUGUCUGUGCUGAUUCUCCAGGGUUCUGCAACGACGACGCCGCAGAUCCAGCUAGGUCAGAAGCUUCAAAAGCACCCGGUGUCUGAGGCAGGCUUGUGUUUGCGUUUUUAACCAUGGGGGUGUUCUCCCUUUGAGAACAUAGGAUAUCUGCCCUGGUCAUCUGUGCCACCCUGAAACCAGUAGGAAAACCCCCCAUCGCAGCCUCCUCCCCCCAACCCCUAA